AUUCUCCUGUGGUGCUGAUCUACCAGCUGGAGAUUCCCUUGAAGAAGUUUAUGCAAGGCUUUUGGUGAACAUGAACAUCCUGCAAGUCCUUGGCAUCCUACAGCUGGUUGUUCCUGCUUUUACACUGACACAGCCUGUAAAUGACUACUGGGGAGAGUUUGGGGCCUAUGGGCCCUGCAGCCGUACCUGUGGCACCGGAGUGGCAAUGAGAACCAGGAGAUGUAUUACUUCAAGGACAGAUGGAGGCCACAACUGUGUAGGAUCCUCCAAAUCGUUCCUCACCUGUAAUACACAUGCUUGCCCAGUUGGAUCAAGAGAUUUCAGGGAGGAGCAGUGCUCUGAAUUUGACAGAAUGGACUUUCAAGGAAAACGUCACACAUGGGUCCCUUAUUAUGGAGCUUCCAAUCCAUGUGAGCUAAACUGUGUACCAAAGGGACAAAACUUCUUUUACCGCCACAGGCCCACUGUGAUAGAUGGGACUCCUUGCUAUGUGGGGCGCACUGAUAUUUGUGUGGAUGGUGUCUGUCGGUUAUUGGUCCAUGGAGAGUUUAUGGGUUUGGAUAACGACACAAUCUCUGUCCACUCUUCUGCUUCCGUCGCUGUUUCCUCCCAUCCAAGAGACACACGCAUUUACAGCUACAGGGCUGGAGUCUAUGGAGAGUGCUCUGCUGCCUGCGACGGAGGCAUGCAGUACCGCAUCGUGGAGUGUUUGGCUCAGGACCCGUCAAACCUCCAUGUGGUGGAAGAGUCUUACUGCAUUUCCCAGCGCCUGCAGAGGCCACAGAGUCAGCAGGCUUGCAACAUGCACCCAUGUGCUGCUGCAGAGUACAGCGUCUCCAGCUUCAGCGUGUGUUCAGUGACCUGUGGUGAAGGGCAGCAGAGCAGAGAGGUGGUCUGUGUGGGAGCAAGAGGGGAACACCUGCCUGACAAUGCUUGCAGAGGACUGGCCCGACCUGCUUCAGUUCAGACCUGCCGCAGACCUGCCUGUCACACACACGUUUCCUGGCAUGUGACUGAGUUUGGACUUUGCUCUAGAAGCUGUGGAGGUGGUGUGAGAGAGAGGAAGGUUGGGUGUCUUGAUACAGAUCUGAAUCCCUUCCAUGAGGAACAAUGUGGAUUGGAUAGCAGACCCAUUUCUGUUGAGACAUGCAAUUCGCAGCCCUGUCAUAGAGCUCAAACGGUUCCAAGCAUUCAGGACACAGGGGCAGGUAGAAGCACCAUAAGGUUUGUGCCCUAUGUUCCAGAGGAACAUUCAGGUUCUCCCUGUGUGCAGUCAUUAUAUGGAUGCUGUCCUGAUGGCCAUACACCUGCAACUGGACCCAGGAACCAAGGCUGCACACAAGAUGACUGCGUUCGCAGCAGAUAUGGCUGUUGUUUAGAUGGAGUGACAUCAGCUCGAGGGUUUGGAAUGGCUGGAUGUCCUGAGUACCAGGCACCUGGGGUUUAUGACGGUAACUCCAUUCAUUCCACCUCUUCUGUUGCUGGUGUCCCCCAUCCAAGAGAGACGCUCACAUACAUCUACAGGGCCGGAGUCUACGGGGAGUGCUCAGCCACCUGCGAUGGAGGUGUGCAGUACCGCAGCGUGGAGUGUUUGGUCCAGGAUCCAUCGAACCCCAGAGUGGUGGACGAGUCUUACUGCGUCGACCAGCGUCUGCAGAGGCCGCUGAGUCAGCAGGCUUGUAACAUGCACCCAUGUGCUGCUGCAGAGUACAGUGUCUCUAGCUUCAGCGUGUGUUCAGUGACCUGUGGUGAAGGGCAGCAGACGAGAGAUGUGGUCUGUGUGGGAGCGAGAGGAGAACACCUCCGUGACCACGCUUGCAGAGGACUUGCCCGACCUGCUUCUGUUCAGACCUGCCGCAGACCUGCCUGUCAUGUGCACAUCACUUGGCAUGUGACAGAACUCGGACUUUGUACUAGAAGCUGUGGAGGUGGAGUGAGAGAGAGGAUGAUUGGCUGCUUUGAUACAGAUCUCAACCCAUACCCAGAGGACCGAUGCGGAGCAGUUAGUAGACCUCUUUCCGUAGAGUCAUGCAACACCCAACCCUGUCCAGGAGUGCAAAUGGUUCCAAGUGUUCAAAAUCCAGGGGCUGAAGAAAGCCCCAGAAGAUUUGUGCCAUAUGUUCCAGGAGGUCCUUCAGUUUCAAGGCCAGGCACACACAGUGAGCGGGAUCCCUACCCUCCUGUGUAUGGUCCUCAUUGUGCGCAGUCGUUAUAUGGCUGCUGUCCUGAUGGUCAUACCUCUGCAACUGGAUCCAGGUACCAGGGCUGCCCACAACAUGACUGUGCUCAGAGCAGGUAUAGCUGUUGUCUGGACGGAGUGACUCCAGCUCAAGGAGUUGGAAGGGCUGGAUGUCCUGAGUUUCAAACAACUGAGCUGCGUCUAUCUCGCCCUGUUGAUCCAUCCAGUGGUAACGUGUGCCUCCUGCCCCGGGAUGAGGGUCCUUGUGAUACUUGGAUGGUUCGGUUCACCUAUGAUUACAGCACAGGCAAGUGCAAGGAGUUCUGGUAUGGAGGCUGCCAUGGUAAUGGCAAUAACUUCACGUCAAUGGAAGCGUGCAGGAGAGAGUGCAACGGUGUUGCAAGGGAACCUGCACCUGCCAGGGGGACGUCGAGAAGAUUGGCACUUGGUAGCAUUGCAAGAGCAAGGGCUCAGCACUCACGUCUUCAGCAUACAGGAUAAAAAAAGGAUUGUAUGAUAAAAUGUAUUCCAUAAUCCACAAAUUAGUUUAAACUCAUUACAAGAGACUGCAAAUCAAUGUUUUUCUAAGCAAUAUCAUGAUUUUGUUGUUCAGAGGCUUGAUAACAAUUUUUGAAAACAUGCCUUCUUUAGGGUUAAGCUUUGUUGUACAAUAAUGAUGUUCAUUCAAAAUAGUAACUGAAAAGCUUGUUAGAGUUCUACAAACUAUGUUGUCGCUCUAUAUAUUUUGUAUCUUCAAUAUUUUUGGUGUUUUUUCCCUUCAGUUUUACAUCUGUCUGUACUAAUAUUGGAAUAUAUGUGGAUGAACAGGAUUUAGUUUAUUUGUCACCUGAAAAACUCAUACUGCCUGUCAAAUCAACUUAACCCUCUAUCAUAAUAAGUAAUUUGUUUCUUCUUUUGCAAAUCUCUUUGUGAUGUCCAUUUUUAGCAUUUAAUCAUUCAGACAAAUAUUAAAACAGUGUUAUUAGGUCCAAUCAAUAAAGUGUUUAUUUAGUCAUCUUGCAAUUGUUGUUAUUUAUCUGUGUUCAUGUGCUUAUGCAAUGUCUGUAAUUGUGAGAUUUUUAUAAAGGGGCUAAGCACAUGCAUUUAAGACAAUAACCUAUGAUUUAAAUAGUUGUUGCACACAACUUUUGGUAAGGGCACUUGUAAAAUUUAACUUUCAUUGUUUUGUUCUUCUAUUCAAUCUUUAGACCUAUUAAAAUAAAAAGAGUAAUUUCA